AUGGCUUCUCCCCAAGAUGUCUUGCCCCCUCCUCCUGCCGCCGUUGACUCUCAGCACUUUCAGCACUUUCCAACUAGCGAGGGACUACCCACGUUCAGUCCCCUCGUCCCUUCUUCACACAGUGUUGACCCCUCGCUUCCACCCAGCUCUGCUCCGCAUGUCCGUUCACUCAUUCCUUCGCUGUUCCAGUCCGAGGUCGACCAUGCUCAUGCUGUUCCAGUUGCCAUGCAGUUAUCUCUCACCUCCCUUCCCACAUCUGGUGCUGAUAUGGCAGCCAUGGAUGUUGUUUCUGCUGUGACUGUUGACUCAGCCACUACACAAGGACUCGUUCCCAGUUACACCCAACAAAGUAAUUCAUUCAGCAUGGAUUAUCGUGUCAAUGGCCUUGAAGGUCUAGACACUCACCAUCAGAUUGCUUCUUCUCCUAGUGCGAACACAGUCUCGUCCAAUCCAUCACAUGCCUCCUCCCCUGCUGCCAACGGUGUAACAUCAUCAUAUUCUGUCACGUCGUCUUUGGCCUCCGCUCUUGAUUGUAAUGUCUCCCGUAGUCGCUCUGGCUCAUCUGCAUCACCACCACACCUCUUGAGUUCUGCUUCCGAUCUGACGUUUUCAUCCGGAAGCAGUGUUCCUCCGACGUCGAUCCACGACGCCGGUUUUCAAUAUCCUUUGACCGUUGAUAAUGCCCAAUCGGUAAAGGAAAACUCACCCGAACAGCCUGGCAGCGCACAUUUAAUGGUUCUGGGAGACAUGCUAAAGAAUAUUGCUCGUCAAGCCAACUCCGGUAGCCAAGCUUGCGAUAUGGGAUCCACCACGCAUGCACAACAGAUCGUAGAUGUCCUUAAGAAGAACGUUCUUCUGGUCGCGGACCUCGUGGCUGCCUUACAAUUGGCAGAUGGGCCCACAUCCUCCUCUCAUUCCUCCCCGCACUCGAAUGCGUCCGCUCCUGGUGGCAAUGGUGUAUUACCUGCGCCUCCGCCUGCUGGGCAGCAGAACCAUAUAAAUGGCCUUGCUUCUUAUGCGUCAUCUGCCAAUCCUCUGGAUCCUAGUGGAAUGGCCGACGCGUCAGAUUCGUCUCGCAAGCGGUGUGCGUCUGCCAUAGAUGGUGACAGAGCAUUAAAGUCGAUGAAGCUCGAGCCUCAGGAUGAUACUCCUCCAUUACAAAUGCCACCCGCAUCAGCUAUCCCACUUUCGGGAUCUCUUCUGUCACAAUCUGGAUUUUCCUUCGCCUCUCCAAUGUCAUCGAUACCAGGUGCACUGUCCUCUAUGAAUGACAUUGCACCGAUACCUUCAUCUCUCCCUCUAGCCAGCUCUAGUUCGCGCCCACAAAGCUCUGCCGGUCUCACUCACCAUCCCCUUGGUAUUAUGUCCGAGGCGCACCAAUCCACACAUUCCCUUCAAUCUGCGCUCCAUUAUUCGGUUCUAGACCACGCGCAUCCACCUUCAGACUUCACCUCACCUCCUGCUUCAUCCGGCGGGUUAGCGACUACCCUUCCAUCUGUCGGUUUCAAUCCUUCGCUACCAAGUAAUAUGUGGGCGGAGGGGCCCGCCCCAGUCGUGCGCCAUCAUCAGCAUUCACUCUCUGCUGGAUCAGUACUACCGGGUAUACCCGAAUCGAUUUCGGGACCAUCGUCGUUACAGUAUCCUCCGUCCAUUUUCAAUGCGCCCAGUAUGGUGGCCCAUCUCCAGCAGUCAUCGACGCCGAUCGCGGGCUCCUCGCCUGCGAAUGUGCCACCGCUUCCCGCGGUGCGCUCUUCGCGCUCGUCUUCCUUCGCGCUCGGGCAGGGCGAGAUUCAUCCUCUAGUUAAUUCGUAUGAUAUGAUAUUGUCACGGACGUCAGGGAUGCCUAGUCGUCCAUCAUCUCCAGAGUUUGAGGAUGAGAUGGACAUGGGGCAUGACUCUGACGAAUAUGAUAGUGGACCGUCACCAGCAAUGCACCAAUCCUCGCCUGGAGCCGACACAAUGGAAUGUAGGACCGAUGGGGAGGCGGGGUCGGCGGCAAUGUCGCCGUCUGGCCAGCGAAGACUGAGCCGUGGAUCGCCUUCUGCCGAUGGAGGAUCGACGUCCUCGGGGCACGGAAACGAGGUCCCACAGGAGUAUCGAGCCGAGGUGGAGCGUAUAUUUUUCGAGUUCCUUAACAGUAUUUGCUCCAAUCUCGACGCAAAAGAUGCAAAAGGCGAACCGAUACAUCAGACAUUGAUGGCCAAAAAGAUGCAGCGAUUAGACGAGUCGCCAGACUUUCGGCCGUUCAAGUUCCGUAUACAGGCAUUCACCAAUGCAUUCUUAGAGGAGCUUGCUCGGCAAGGUUACCCCGAAGAGAAGAUACCCAUGAAAAAGGCGAGUGUUGCUCCACUCGGUCGAAUUCGCAAUUUUCUUUGGAACCAGCCCUAUAUCUCCCGGUUCAACGAAGACGGGAAGAAGUCAAAAUCAAAAGGCAAUCACAUCUGGCAUGUUGAUGCCAAAAAAUCAGACGGCGGCUGGAUGUUUCGCCCAUUCCGCCGCAAACUGGCUGGAACACCCCCAGGAGUUGCUUAUGUUGGACUUCGUUGGUCUUGGACACCUCGUAUCUGGGAUCCCCAAGCGUCGCGGUCGAAUAUGCCUGUGCAGUACAGUUCUCCAUCGCUACCCCUUUGGUUGUCCUGGAAGGACGACAUCAUAUCUGGAAUACCGACUCCUGACGCUCAGAGCUGCGAUGUUACAGUGGAAGCCAGGUUUAUUCAAGAUGGUAAAGAGGAGCUCCUCUCUCACACCGUGCAUAUAACGAUAGCACCAAUGGCUUCCGUGGAUUCUACAUUCACUCCCUCGCGACGGCCGUCAUUGGUUGGUGAUAUCCAUAAUCCGCGACGGGUAUUGAGUGACCCAAUGGUGACACAAGCGCCACCACCUCGCCUCCUACGCACGCAAUCUGCUCUCGCCCCUACUGCGCCUGUGGCGGCGCCAGACUCCCAGGUGGUGCAGGUGCUUACUACUGCCGCUCAGAGAGUGGCCCAGGAGGCGCAGUCUCAAGUAGUGGCGUCUCCAAAUGAUGCCGGUCCCGGGCUACAAGCUUUGGCCAAACAGCAGCAUGUUCUCACUGUGACUGCGCAGGCCUUCAACUCAAAGAUGUCUAGAGAACAUCCAGACGGCUCUGACACGCAGUCCAAUGCUUUGACAGCAGCCGCCCAGCAAGUCGUGCUGCAAGCUGCGCGUCAGGUCGCUGCAGAUCGUACAGUGGUAGCGUCGUCGGGUAUAUCUACGGUCUCAUCGGUCCCGACACCAGUCACAGUCAAGGACGUAUCUGUUGCUACUCAAUCUGCGGUAGCGCAAGCCGUUGACAUGGUUGGCCCCCUCUCUAGCGAGGUCGAUGUCCUCAUGACAGCGAGUUCAUUACUUCAGCAACAGACCCGGACGCCUUUACCCCCGAGUUCUGUUAUGGACUCGGCGCUCGCGGCUGCAGAACCCGUGCGACAAAUCGCGGGAACACCUCCAACCCAGUAUGUGACGCCCUCCAUCAUCUCUACCGUUCCGAUUUUUUAUACUUCGUCAUGA